UCGUUAUCAUCAUCACCGCUAUCAUCACACCACUCAUUCAUUCAUUUUCUCUCUCUGUGUAAAAACCUUUUGAAUCAGAAAAAGUGCAGCAGAAAAGCAGAUUAUCCUGCCACAUUCCGCCUCGUACGCGCAUACCUAAUACCGCAGGAGUAUAAAGAAUCGGGGAAUUGAUUCGAGCUCUGAGAAGGUUUUUUGGUGUUGGAGGAGAUCGCGGAAGGUUUUAGCAUGAGGAAGUGGAAGAAGUUGGGGGAGGCGGGGAGGAAGAGAAAAGUUGAGAUAGAAGAUUCGUCGUUGGCUAUAUCAUUCAAAUCACGGCGGUUAGGCACGGCGGCGACGCCGCAGAAGCCUGGUGAGUCUCCGGAAAGUUCUGGAAAUUUAACGUGCGAGAGCGUUGGUUCGGUUGUGGCAUCUUGUUGCUCGAGUGAUGAACGGAGUGACUUGAUCGAAGGAAGCUCCAAUUUCGUAGAUCUGGAGGAGAGUGAUGAUGAUGAGUCGAAUCUCGAGUUCGUAUCGUCCGUAGUCGAUUUGAUGAAUUGCAGAGAUAGAGAAACAACGCCGUCGAGAACUAAAGCUAUCGGAUCUACUAACCGCCGACGAUUUCAGAAAACGCCAUCGGAAGCUGAGCUUGAAAAUUUCUUCGCUGCAGCCGAGAAGAACCUUCAGGAACAAUUCGUUAACAAGUAUAACUAUGAUAUAGUUGAGGACAAACCCAUGGACGGAGGAGCCUACGAUUGGGUUGAAAUUCAAGUAAAACCAUGAAAUUAAGCUUAAGGAAGGAGAUGAUUGGUUCAACAGUAAAAGUCGCUAUCCGAAAGUGCGCACUGGGUAAAUCUCCGGCCGAACCUAAUACCCUGCAAACCAGAUCCGACAAAAAAGUCACGCUAGGCGAAUCAUGUGUGGCAGGUGACCUGAAGCGUCGGAGGUUUGAACCCGUAACCUCACGAUCACAAAUCCAACCCCUACACCACUGGGUCAUCCCUUACGGGAUUUUUACACCAUCAUUUUAUUCCUACGAGACGUAGUGCUUUGAGUUUUGGUUCAACAAGUAAAAAGUAAAUUUAGCCCUUUAUACAGGGAUGGAGAGUAUAUUUUUUAUUAAAAAUUAUAUAGGAUAAAUAGUUGAAUAUUUUUAUUUCAAAUUAAAAAUAAACACUCUUGUAUUUUGAUAUGAUAUGAAUAAAUAAAAAAACAAUAUUUAGUCUUACAAAAUAAAAGUAUUAAAUUAAAAUAUUAUUUAAAAAAUAAUUCAAAUCAAAAAUAAAAAAACCAAACAAGUUGAAGUUAGAAUAAAAUUAAAGAAGGUUUUGAUAUGAUAGCUGGUAUUUUUCUGACCUUAUGUAAGAUUCAUAACCAUUAUGAACCCAUUGUAUUCUUUCGAUUCAUAACCAUUAUGAACCCAUUGUAUUCUUUUGAUUAAAAUUACCUCGACCCAAUAGUUAUUUAUUGAGGAUACUUGAGGAGUUUUGAAAAGAAUUAAUUAAAUGUCAAUUAAUUAAAAAAAAAAAAA